UUGAGAGCAUUGCAAAGAGAGUCACUUCAAGCGACAAAGAACAGACUUUAACAGAGAAGCAUCAUGGUGUCUGCUGGGCUUCAGAUGCUGGGCAUUGCCUUGGCAAUUAUAGGAUGGAUCGGUGUCAUCGUGGUCUGCGCUGUUCCCAUGUGGAAGGUUACGGCCUUCAUCGGCAGUAACAUUGUCACGUCGCAGAUCUCGUAUGAGGGAAUAUGGAUGACCUGUGUUGUGCAGAGUACCGGACAGAUGCAAUGCAAAGUCUACGACUCCAUGCUGGCCCUCUCUUCAGAUCUUCAGGCUGCUCGAGCACUUAUCAUCAUUUCCAUUGUGAUUGGAAUCCUGGGCAUCCUUCUGUCAAUGGCCGGUGGCAAAUGCACCAACUGUGUUGAGGACGAGGGCGCCAAAUCCAAAAUCGGUAUAACUGCAGGUGCGAUUUUCAUCCUAGCUGGUGUGCUGUGUCUGGUCCCAGUGUGCUGGACGGCUCACGUCAUCAUUCAGGAUUUCUACAACCCCCUGGUACAUCAGGCACAGAAGAGAGAGUUGGGAGCGGGGCUUUACAUUGGAUGGGGAGCCGCCGCCCUGUUGAUCAUCGGAGGAGCUUUGCUUUGCUGCAACUGCCCACCAAAGGAAGAAAGAGGAAACUACACGGCCAAAUAUAACGCUACUCCUCGAUCAGACGCCUCUGCACCCACCAGCAAGAACUUUGUGUGAAACUGUGUAGAACUCUGAAAAUGGAUUCUGUUUACUAUCUUGGUUUGUCCAAGAUGAACUUGAAAAGCAGUAAUUGAAUACUGAUGAUGCAGGUUUGCCAAAUAUAUUGCCUAUAUAUUUACUGUGGCAAGACAAAAAGAGGAAAACAGGGAACCACGUUUUUUAUUCUUAUCAGUUAAUGAAUGCUUGUAUUUUAAGCCAUCGAGUUUAUUUAGAUUUUCUUCAUACAAUGUAAUGUUUGCGAUGAAUGUUUUGUGUUUUUACAUUUAAACGUUUAUUUUUUAUUUUUCAAGUGUUGCAACUGUCGAUUUUGUAAAUAUUUCAGUUUUGUAAAGUAAACCGCAAAAUGCUGUUUUCUGAAUUAAAUUUAUGCCGUAUGGAAAAAUAAAAUAUGUUGCUAUCGCA